CGAGGUCAGCUGAGUGGGCUUACUCCUCCCGUACCUAAUAGGUAUAUACGAUACGAUCUUAUGGAGUGCGCAGUCGAGUUUAGUUGUAGUAGUUGACUCGGUGCCUUGUGAGGUGGUACUCGUCAAAACUUUCCCUUAAAACCUCGUAUAUUUGAUCAAUGGCAUUCUAAAUAUACAAACCACGCACCAUGGGCUGCACUAGCAGCGCUCCAAAUAUGGCUGAUAUACAAACUAAUGCAACAGAAGAAACAAAAUACCAAAAGGGUAAUGAAAUUGACAACACGAAAACGAAGACCAAUGUUGAUACAAAGUUAGAAGGUCAAAAUAAUAUUGAAGCGCUUCCUUCGUGUGAUACUUUUACGGAACAUAUACAAUUAGCUAUUAAUAAUAAUUCUACUAAAAUUAAUUAUGAUAUGGAAGGAGAAGUCAAAGAUGAAAAGGUUCAAGAAUUUAAUAUUCAAGAAAAUCAAAUUGGACAGGAAAAUAAAAUAACAACAUUUAAAGAGGUGGCAGACAUAGUAAUAGUCAAUAAAAUACUUCAAGAUACACACAUUGAGGAUAUUACUGAGCUUCCAAGCAAAAGGGAAAGUGUUGAUGAAAUAAUAUCGCCCGAAACCGAAACCGAAAAGAUUGAUGAGCCUUGCAAUCUAGAAAUUGUGACAAGUCCACCAGAAGAAAUAGAAAUUACGGAAGAGGAUAACAAACCUAACGAACACGUAAGUCCAAGUCAGUCGGAAUGUAGUCGAUCGACUCGAUGGGAGGCUUUAGCUGACAUUGCCGCGGAACUACCGCCGUCUCUUGCAGUUGAUCCAGUCACGGGUCAGAUUUAUACUCUUUCUAAAUAAUAAUGACGGUUCCAAGUUACAUCCACAUAAAAGUCUUAUCAAUCAAAAAGCACUCAAAUGAUACGCAAUAAUAGUUUAUAACACCAAUAAAUUAAGUACCUACCUACGAAUAAUAUUAGUCUGUUACUAAUAUUAUUCGUACUUAAUAUUAUAUUUAUUAACAUUAGACAUUGAUUUAUUUAUAUCUACUGCUAAAUAAUAUAUUAAGUUAAUUGACUAAUUAAUUUUUGUGAAGAUAAUGAUUAAUUCUGUACUGAUGGCAAAUUGAAAUAUACAAUAAUAAUUAUUAUCAUUAUUCUUUCCAUCGGAGAUCGAAGAUCUAUUAUACUGUUAGUGUUACCUUACCAAUUGAAAAAUACACUUGUGAGGGAUGAAAUAAAUAUAGUUAUAUUGUCAGGGAAAUUAAUUAUUUAAUCCUACUCAAUUUAAGUUUUCGGAAGUUUUUUUUAUAUAAUAGAUUGGAAGUUAUGAGCUAUAGUCAAGUUAACUUACUGUAUUAAACAGAUAACUUAAAAUUAUAUCAAUUAGGGGUCAUAAAUUGAUAACAUCACACCAAGGCGUGGGACUUGCAAUGUUAUUAACUUCGUAACAAUCUACAAUGAACCUAUACGUCACUCAGAUAUUUGAGUUUGGUGUUUCACAAAUAAAGGGCGAGAUAUUACAAAAUGAAUAAAUUGUAAUUUGUAGAUGACCCUUACAAGUCUGCUACUUAAUAAUAUUGACAACAUGAGCAGUUCCGAUUAUAAAAUUUGUUAUUUGCGCGAUAAUUAUGACACAGUACUGCAACUAAUAGGAAAAUGUGUGCGCAGAAUAUUCAUCAUAAUAGCUACUAUAUGGUUAGCUACCUUUAUUUUGGUUUCAGUUGUAUUAAAGGUCCUAUUUAUGAAUUUAUGUGCCAUACCUAUAUAAUUCUACAGUGAAAGAUUUAAUUUUUAACCGAGGCCACAGUUACAGAAAAAGCUUCAGUCUCUGUAAAUAUAUGUGUUUGUGUGUUUUUCACAUAUUAGUAUACCUAUGAUAAUGAAUAAACUUAAAAUCAAUAAAUUCAAGAUUUAAAAAUUCUGAAACCAUUACCACUAUCAUCAAUCAUUGUUAUUUUCAUUAAAGUUGUUGUAAGAUAUGCAUUUUAUUUUUCU